CCUCUCCCUCAACCCUCCUUCCUCUGGAAUUCCAACCCACUAGUUUCACCAAAUCGGUGAUAAAGUUGGUUUGUUUUUUUGCAGAAUUUUCAUCUGAAUCUCCUCGUUUUCAGUUAUAAUCCACCGAAUCGUACGGUUCAAAAAUAGAGAGGGAGAAUAUCAACGGGACUUGAUCCUGUGAGAUGACGUCCACGAUAACGAAUCCGGUGACGAACGCGAAUUCCGAUCGGAGCAUCAAGAGGAGUAAGAAGAAGAAACCAUCGGCGGCAGUGUCAAAAGAGAAUCAACAGCAGAGCCACGCCAAAUGGAAAUCAGAGGCUCAGCAACAAAUCUAUUCGUCAAAGCUGAUUCAAGCUUUGAGCCAAGUCAGUCUCAGCAGCAACAACAACACGAGCUCCUCUGUCCCGUCGGCUCCACGCCGUGGACGAGCCGUGCGUGAAGCCGCCGAUAGAGCCUUGGCCGUCGCGGCUAAAGGCAGAACGAGGUGGAGCCGAGCCAUUUUGACGAGCCGUGUUAUGCUCAAGUUUAGGAAGCACAAGAGAUGCAGAGGAUCUACGGCUGCGUCGGCGGUGGCUGCCGUCACCGGGAGUAGCCGGUGGAGGAAACCGAGAUUUAGCGUCUCGAAACUGAGAGCGAAGAGUUUACCAACUGUUCAAAGGAAAGUCAAGGUCCUUGGCCGGUUAGUUCCCGGCUGCAGAAAGCAACCGUUCCCGGUUAUUCUUGAAGAAGCAACUGAUUACAUUGCGGCGCUUGAGAUGCAGGUUCGCGCCAUGAGUGCUCUCGCUGACUUGCUUUCUGGCUCCGGAGCCGCCAGCUCUAGCUCAGCGCCGCCGCCGCCGACCAGCCAAUGACUCCUCUUUCUCUCGAGUAAUCUUCUCUCGUGUUAAAUACAUGUGUUCUUCACUACUUUUCAUCUCCCUUCAUUUGAUCCAUAGCUUUGUUAUUAGAAAAAAAUAUCCAGCAUUUUGCCCAUAU